GUGCACUACUGGCUUCCACUAGAACUGCGCACCGUAGGAACUGAGCAGCCCCCCCCAAACUGAGGAACUUCAAACCCCAGAAUCCUUGGGUCUUGGAGUGGACUACAUUUCCCAGAGGCCUCCGCGGCCACCGCCCUCGGACCCGGAGCUCUGACCUCCCGUGAGCCUUCGCGGAGCCCUGGGGCGUCUGUGGCGCGGUUCGAGGUGGGGGGCCGAGGUGCCCCAGGCGGAGUCCGCCCGCGCGGCGGCUCUGAGCCUCGGUGAGGCGUGGCGGGAGCCUCGGGGGUGGGGGGAAGGUGAGCGAAGGCCAGUCCUGUUCGUACGCCAGGCGGGCCGGGCUGGGUUCAGCCUGGUACGGCCCCCCGCCCCCCAGCGUCUACGGCGCGUCCCCCUCCCGGGAGCCGACCUUGGGCACGCGGGGGAACGCGCGGUCCCAGCGGUCCCGGCCCUGGACUGCAGGUGACCUGCUCCCCACGGCCCGGGCGGGGCCAACCCAGGCUAUGUUUCGCGUGCCGCCCUCCUGUCCUGGGUCCCCUUUCCGGAGUUUUCUCUGGGGAUCUGGAACUCGACCCCUUGACAGCAGAAGAACAGUUGUGUGGGCAACGCGUGGGGAGGAGGAACACUGUCGCGAGCCGGUGUCAGAUCUUAGCGGGUGCGUCCCUGCUGUGGCUACACUCCGGCCUCAGUUUCCUGAUCUGAAGGGUCCGGGCAGUGCCAGCUGAGCUGUCGUGAACCGUGUAGGGUGAUGCCUGGCACAUGGGAGUCCGGUGUCGCCCGAGUCUUGCUUCUGAAAAUCCACGGACAAGAGAAGUAGUGACCUGUCUAUUCUCUGAUGCCCACCCCCAGCUCCUGCUUCUCUCUCUGGAGGCAGGAGAGCCAGGCUCAGCUGAUGUUGAUGGGACGCUUUCGGAGAUGGCGCUUCUGAGGGGUGCGAAGCAUCAGGUGCUACCUACCCUUUUCUUCCUUGUCUUCCCUCAGAUUCGCCUUCAUCUUCAUCAUCUCUCACCCGCAGAGAGAACAUGGCUCCUGAGCAAAGGGAAUCGAGGUCUCAGGUGUCGGUGACGUUUGAGGAUGUGGCUGUGCUCUUUACUCGGGAUGAGUGGAAGAAGCUGGAUCACUCUCAGAGAAGCCUGUACCGUGAGGUGAUGCUGGAGAACUACAGCAAUCUGGCCUCACUGGGAUUCCCGUUUACCAAACCAAAGGUGAUCUCCCUGCUGCAGCAAGGAGAGGAUCCCUGGAAGGUGGAGAAAGAAGGUCCUGGAGGCUCCUCUCUGGGAUUGACGCGCAGUCAUAGAACCACUAAGUCAACUCAAACACAAGACUCUUCAUUUCAGGAACUGAUGAUGAAAAAAUCUAAAAGAAAUGAACCUUUGAACUUGAAAUCAGAAAACCUUUUCAUAUAUGAAGGCAAAUUAGAGGAAAAGUGGGAUAAGAAUAUUUUAACUAUAGAAAGAAACCAUAAAAACAAUGAAUUUAGCUCAAAGUCACAUAGAGAAAAAAGAUCAUCAGAAUGUGAAAAACAGAACACUUUCAAGCAGAUAUUGUAUUUAUCUAAUCAACCAAAAAUCACACCAGAUAAACGCUAUAAAUGUAGUAUGUGUGAGAAAACUUUCAUCAACACCUCAUCUCUUCGUAAACAUGAGAAAAACCAUAGUGGAGAGAAAUUAUUUAAAUGUAAAGAAUGUUCAAAAGCCUUUAGCCAAAGUUCAGCCCUUAUUCAACAUCAAAUAACUCAUACUGGAGAGAAGCCUUAUGUAUGUAAAGAAUGUGGCAAAGCCUUUACUCUCAGUACAUCCCUUUAUAAACAUCUAAGAACCCACACUGUAGAAAAAUCCUACAGAUGUAAGGAAUGUGGUAAAUCCUUUGGCCGAAGGUCAGGUCUUUUUAUACAUCAGAAAGUCCAUGCUAGAGAAAACCCUUAUAAAUAUAACCCAGGUAGGAAGUCAUCUAGUUGCAGCACAUCUCUUCCUGGUCAACGAAUUCAUUCCAGAAAAAAGACCUACUUGUGUAACGAAUGUGGCAACACCUUUAAGUCUAGUUCAUCCCUUCGUUACCAUCAGAGAAUCCACACUGGAGAGAAACCUUUCAAAUGCAGUGAAUGUGGCAGAGCCUUCAGUCAGAGUGCAUCACUUAUUCAACAUGAAAGAAUUCACACUGGAGAAAGGCCCUACAGAUGUAAUGAAUGUGGAAAAGGCUUCACUUCUAUUUCAAGACUCAAUAGACACCGAAUAAUUCACACUGGGGAGAAGUUUUAUAAUUGUAAUGAAUGUGGCAAAGCCUUAAGUUCCCAUUCAACUCUUAUUAUUCACGAGAGAAUUCACACUGGAGAGAAACCAUGUAAAUGUAAAGUUUGUGGGAAAGCCUUCAGACAAAGUUCAGCUCUGAUCCAACAUCAGAGAAUGCAUACUGGAGAAAGACCUUAUAAGUGUAAUGAGUGUGGGAAAACAUUCAGGUGUAACUCAUCUCUCAGUAACCAUCAACGAAUUCAUACUGGAGAGAAACCAUAUCGAUGCCAGGAAUGUGGAAUGUCAUUUGGUCAAAGUUCAGCUCUUAUUCAGCACCGAAGGAUUCAUACUGGUGAGAAACCCUUUAAAUGUAACACAUGUGGGAAAACCUUUAGGCAAAGCUCUUCACGUAUUGCACAUCAGCGAAUUCAUACUGGAGAGAAACCCUAUGAAUGUAACACAUGUGGGAAACUUUUCAACCAUAGAUCAUCCCUUACCAAUCAUUACAAAAUUCAUGUGGAUGAGGACUCUUAAAAAAAAAAAAAAGUAAAUUUGCUUGUGUAAAAGCCUUAAACCAAAGCUCUUCGGAGAGUAUAUACUUGAGAGAUGUAAUAAACAUAAUGAAUAUGGGGGGGGACCUACAGUCAACUAAAUCCCAUGGAUAAAUUUUGUGUAACAGGUAGAAGGAAAGUAUUCAAGCCUGUCUAACACUUUAAAAAAUGACUUGAGAGCCAGCCAUAGUGUUUUAUACACAUAGUCAUAGCUACUGAGGACCCUGAAGCAGGAAGAUUGCCUGAGACUGAGUUUGAGGCAGCCUGAGGAACCUAGGGAGACCCCAUCCCCAAAACUGAAGACCAUGACUUAAGGCAUUUGUAAAAUGGUGCUUUUCUCCCAGAAGCAGUGUGUGCUGGAUGUAAUUGUAAUCAUAGGCAUCUGAGUGAACAGAGGGGUGUGCUGUACUAAACUCUACACUGCUGAUAUUUUUUAUAAAAUUUUAGUAACAUCCCAAAGGGAUCAAAGAUACUACAUUUUUAAGAAAAAGGGCCCAAAAUAAGAUUAAAAUGAACUGUAAUCUACCUCUUAGUCUCUGGAAUUGAUCAUUUUCUUUACCUGAUUUCAAAUGUUGUGUGUGGAUUUUAUUAAAAAUGGAAAAUAAAAAAGCUGGUCUCUUCUA